AAGCUUGGCCGGCCAUUGCGAAGGCGCUGGGGUGACAGCGCCGAGCGCGCGACGGCUGAAAGGUGGGCGUCGGCCGGUUGGCUGGCGGUUGGCUGACUCGAGAUGGCGGCAGCGGCCUUGUAUUUGGAGCACUACCUGGACAGUGAGCAUUGAAAACCUGCCCUGUGAAUUACAGAGAAACUUCCAACUUAUGCGUGAACUGGAUCAGAGAACAGAAGACAAGAAAGCAGAAAUUGAUAGUCUUGCUGCACAAUAUAUUUCAACGGUGCGGGAUCUGUCAUCAGAGCAACGAGUAGAAAUCUUGCAGAAGAUCCAAAAUGCUUAUACAAAAUGCAAAGAGUAUAGUGAUGACAAAGUGCAAUUGGCCAUGCAGACCUAUGAGAUGGUGGACAAGCACAUUCGACGGCUAGAUGCUGACCUUGCCCGAUUUGAAGCUGAUCUGAAGGAUAAAUUGGAAGGCAGUGAUUUUGAAAGUCCUGUGACACAAAACUUAAAAAAGGGGAGAAUUCCAAAGGAUAAGAAAACUUCCCGUGGUCGAGGCCGGCGGACAUCAGAGGAAGAUGCUCCAGUGAAAAAGAAACCAAAACGAAGCAGAUCUGAAUUAGCUGAUACCAUCCUGUCGGUUCACCCUUCUGAUGUCUUGGACAUGCCAGUGGAUCCCAAUGAACCUACGUACUGCUUGUGCCAUCAAGUAUCUUACGGAGAAAUGAUUGGGUGUGACAACCCCGAUUGUCCAAUUGAAUGGUUUCACUUUGCUUGUGUGGAUCUCACGACCAAACCCAAAGGAAAAUGGUACUGUCCUCGCUGUGCGCAGGAGAAGAAGAAGAAGUAGAAAUGAUGUAUAAUAUGAAAAAAAAAGUUUUAAUAUAUUCAUAUGUUGCAGUAUUUUGUUUUCAUCACCAACCCAUCUUGUUUGGCCUAAACAAUGCAGUAGCCAGGUGUUCUCUUUAUUAGCCAUGUGAAUGAUAAAAGUGGAGUAAACAGGAAGUUCAUUAGUGAUGAUUAUUUGGGUUACACAUUACACUUCUUUGUCACUGUAAUCAAAGAUAUGAAGUACAUAAGAAUAGAUCUGCACUGGAAUUUCUAAUAUACUGAAACCUGUGAAAACUGCCUGUGGCCUUUCAUGUGAAUAAGAUAGCAUCUUUUGUUGUCAUAAAAUGUGGUCACUUUGGGAAGCUUUCACCAGUGCCAUUUCACUGGUGGAAUGACAUGUUUUCUCUUGUAUUCCCAAUGCAUCCUCUAAAAUUAUUUUAGAGGUUUGGAAUGAGCAUUGGGAAACAGAUUCGAAAUGAACUAAGAGUCCUGUUAUGUGAGAAGGAUAGGCUUGCAUAAUUUUUGGUGCAAACCUUGAAGUCUUUUAAAUCCAGUAUCAAAAUCUUUAUCAUUGUUGAUAAGAUGUAGAAUCACUUAUUUCACUUUUGCAGGUGGAUUUUCCAUUUGUAUAAUAUUUGAUUCUAUCAAGGAGUGGGUUGAGAUUUUCAAUGUGCAAUUUUGCCACUUUGGAAAUAAGUUUGCAAAGUUAUAUUUCACAAAAAGAACAGAGAAUUUGUUUUUGAUUAGGAGAGUUCACAAUGCUUAUUUCAAAAUGCUUAUUAUUUCUGUGUACUGUCCCCUCUGAACUUCGUUUUAAUUUCACUGAAACUGGAUCCAUUGCUCUCAUUCCUGCUGAUAACAAAUACCUGUGAUAUCAGUAUAGUAUAAAUCCCUCGUAAAAUAAGAUUUAAUAUUUUAAAAUAAGCUUGGAUUAACAAAUAAAGGACCAGGAAAACUAGUUUUCAGGGAUUAACAGUUUCAGAAAGUUCACAUAACUGCACAAGUGUUUGAUAGAAUGUUAUGCAGUACGUUCAUGUUCUGACUUCACUAAGAUACUUUCUACUACCAACUGUAAAUAUUAGCAUUCUUUUCUGAUUUUCUCAGGUAAGAGAUAGGCAUUCCCCCCCACCAAACACACACACACUGCUUUUUGUUGUCCAUCUGUCAUUCUCUCAUAGGUAGUCAAGAUUUGCAUGCUUUUGUAUAAUUCAUCAACCUGACAAUUCUGUUCAGCUAGACAAAAACAUACACUUGUUUGCCAAGGAUUCUGCCAUACAACCUUCAGCUUUUAAAUAGUAUAUUUUAAUUUUUUUAAAAAAUAAAAAGUGAAGUCAGUUUAAAUGGGAGGAAUACCCUUUUGAAAAUAUCCAGUUGCCUAAUUUGCUAGAAUUGGUUUUAGCUUGUAAUGUAAAAAUGAUUGCCAGAAAUGUUAGCAAUCAAUACCUUUCUUUAAACAAUUGUCACCAUUACAUCUGCAGUAUCAAAAUGAACUCCAUUUCAAUCUGGAAAAGCUGAUCUCUAGAAUGUUGCAAAACCCUCAAAAUUGUUAGUUUACAUUUAGAAAAAAAAAUCUUAUAUAAGAGUUUGGUUUUUAUUAUGAAAGAAUGCAAAUUCUUAUAGUUUUAUACACACAAUUUUGUAGUUAGUAAUGCAGUUCAGUUACAGUAUUCUUUGUACCAUUUUAUGUUUUCUGUAACUAUUUGCUUUCUAAAAGUGCAAACUGCAUUAUUUUCUUAAGGAGAGAAGAAAUAACGUUGUAGUAUUCAUGCCAUAGGGUCCUUAUAUGCUUCUGAAAUGUGGUAUAGCUAUACAGUGGUACUUCGGUACUCGUUGGUUAUGGGAGGCGCAAUGAGUACCCAAACUUCUUUCCCCUAUAAGGAAUAAUGUCAAUAAAUUUAAUAUGUUCCCAAACCAAAAACAAUGCACAUUUUAAGGCAAUAUGUAAAAAGCUAGGAUUGUAUAUCAUUACAUGAGAAACAAACCUAAAAAUUAAUAGAUUAAAUAAAAUAAAAACUUCACUUUAACUGUAUUGAUGAGGAAAAAACAUGCAAAAAUAUACAAAAUGACCACAGAAACUAAGAUAAGACUGCAAGGGGAUGUGCACAGGGCAAGGACUAUCACGUGACUAACGGAUCACCCUUUGUUUUGGCUGGAAAAGUUAGUGAAUCAUGAGGCAACUGACACCUUGUGUGUUGAGUCCCAAACAAACAAGUACCAGGACAAAAGUUUUUCAUCAGAAUGCAUUGAGUACCAAAUUCGAUGAGUUUCAAAGCAGCUGAGUACCAAGGUACCAUUGUAUAGUGUUCUGUUUUCAACGUUAAAGAAUUUUAGAAGACAGGCUUUUUCCCAAGUCUCUGUCCUAAAUUAUGGUAAAUUCCUAGAAGAGAGCAAAAGAUAAAUGUGAAAUUGUGGGUGUACUAUAUUGAUAUGCUAUAAAAUAAAGAGUGCCUCUGUAGGUAGUGAUGCAUCAGUUGACUUACCUUUCAGUCUGCCAGAUGCUUGGUAAUUGUUUUACAAUCCCAAUUGUAGCAUAAUAAAAAUUAUAUUGAGUACCUUAUGGAAUUCUUGAGAAAUGUUACAUAGUUUUUAUAAUAGCUGCAAAGUCAGUUUUUCUAGCCUCCAAUAAAACAGUAUGCAUUCUUAUUGACAGCUGUUUUUGUAAGAAUUCACAGAUCAGUAGUUCAGUUACUGUAUUAACAAAUAGUAAUUAUGGCGUUUAACCUUCCAUUCCAGAUUUAGAAGAAAGUGACAUUAUAUUACAAUAGCAGUUACUUUUAAAUUAUGUUUUUCCUGUCAGUAAAGAGUACAGUACUAUAGGUUGAUGGUAAAGGCUCUUUUUAUGUAAUACCAACAAUGACUGCUGCUACAUUGUUCCUGAAGCAAAUUAGGUUGUUAAUUUAUCAUAAACAAGAUUGAAACUCGUUCAGUCCCAAGGAAUUAGGUAUUUAGUAUGGGUGAAUGAAGAAUGGACGCAGUGGCUCAGACACUGAGCUUGUCGAUCAAAAGGUCAGCAGUUCAGCAGUUUGAAUCCCUAGUGCUGCAUAAUGGGAUGAGCUCCCGUUAAUUGUCCUAGCUUCUACCAACCUAGCAGUUCGAAAGCACAUAAAAAAUGCAAGUAGAAAAAUAGGGACCACCUUUGGUGGGAAGGUAACAGCGUUCUGUGCGCCUUUGGUGUUUACUCAUGCUGGCCACAUGACUAGAGAGGUCUUCGGACAGCGCUGGCUCUUUGGCUUUGAAACGGAGAUAAGCACCGCCCCCUAGAGUUGGGAACAACUAGCACGUAUGUGCAAGGGGAACCUUUACCUUAUGAGUGAGUGAAUGAGUAAAAUUUCAUCAUCCAAUUUUUGAAAAAUGGUAUUGGACAGAGCAAUUGUUCCAUGUUGACUUGUCUAUUUUGAAAGAAGGCUUUGCAUUGAUACCAACUAGUUUAUAUUUGAAGUUUUAAAAUCCUUAUUGGUUUUGAACUUGUCACCUUGAUUGUCUUUUGAGAAACUAUUCUGAAUGUUGCUUGUACAGUAUCCUGUUUCAUUAUUGAAACUGGAACAUGAGGAGCCGAAUACAUGUUUUAAAAAAUAAACUCCAUUUUUCAAAAAGAAAUAUUAUCUUUUCUCCAUUGUUCCUCAUAAAUAAAUGUCACAGCGUAAAUUUUCUAGUCAUAGCUCUAGGUUUGUUUUCUUUGUAAAUGAAGAGAAUAUUAUAAAUCUUUUUAUUAAAAUGUGAAAUGUAUUUUUGAUCAUGUUAUGGAUAUAUUAGGUAUAUAAAUAAAGUAUUUUUGAGAACAAA